UUGUUUCAACAUACAUUGUCGGUUUCUUUGAUAGGGGAGAGUGGGGUAAGUUGAGCCACCCAUUGUUGCUUGGAAAUGGUGAAAGAAAUUGAUCAUGUGACCAAAUAUUUAGGAGAUGGGCAUCAAUUCAUGGAGUCUGUGAAGGUUAGAAGCACAUGGAUGAACCCCUUUUUCACUCUUGAAAGUGAAUUUAGUCUGUCAUAAGUUUUAUUAGAAUUGUGUUCAGACCAAAAAAGAUCAUUUUAAGUUUUUUUUUUAUUCAUCAAUUGUGGUAUCUAUGAGCUACAACUUGAGGUCAAAAAUUUAGCUUAGAGGACUAAUAAAGUCAUAAUAGUAGUUCUGGGGUAAGGAUAGUAGGGAUACGACUCAACUUACCCCGGUCCUAUGGUCAACUUACCCCACACACAGGGUAAGUUGUCCAUAGGAGACCACUUUUUUUUGGCAUGCUAUAUUAUCAAGACAGUUCUGUUUACACUCAUUCUGUUGGUUUGCAGGGAUGCACAACAUCUUGAAAUAUAUGCAGAUACACUAGUCAGAGACAAAACUAUGAUUGCCUUGAUGUAUUGAUCUGAAAUAUGAAAGAUAGCUCAUCUUACCCCACUCUCCCCUAUAUGAUGGAAGUUAACUACAAUAGUCGUUGGAUACAGCUGCUUCAACACCACACCUGUUUGUAAUAUGAGCUCAUUAUCCACAGCAGGAGGCUCUGCAGGACAACUGAUUGAAACUACCUGUCUCUGAAAAUGAAAACAGAUCAAGAUUUAUAUUAGCCUUAGUCAUUAUCCUUAUUGUUUUUUUGCAAAGUAUAUUAUUUGCAAGAAAGCCUUCUUAGCACUGUCUCGGUUUCCAAAUAAUAUUUCUGUCCACUACAGUGUCAAACAUUUAACCAAGAUCACACAACACACCAACAGCCAACAAUUAAGGCUAAUCAAGCAGCUCACCUGUCUUUGAUUACAUGGCUGAGUUGAGCUUAUAAAGGGACUCUUUGCUAGCUGUUUGGAUCCAUUUGAUAGAAGAAUUUGAGAGCAAGACUGUGGUUGUUUCAACUCUGAAGUGUAAAGUUAACUUUGUAGGUUAGCAGUCCAAAAUUAAAGCAUGGGGAAGGAGAAGACUCAUGUAAAUGUGGUGAUUAUCGGCCAUGUGGACAGCGGCAAGUCCACCACCACUGGCCACCUUGUCUACAAAUGUGGAGGCAUUGACCAGAGAAGACUGGAGAAGUUUGAGAAAGCUGCUGCACAGGUAAGAAAGAGGGAGAAAAGUCUGAUUAAUAUAAGAAACUGAAAAGAAAAGAAACGUUAGAGCCAUGUUUUGCUUUAACAGAUGGGGAAGAGCUCCUUCAAAUUUGCCUGGGUGCUGGACAAGCUGAAGGCUGAGCGUGAGCGAGGCAUCACCAUCGACAUCUCUCUGCUGAAAUUUAACACUCAGAAAUACACCAUGACGAUAAUUGAUGCCCCUGGGCACCGUGACUUCAUCAAAAACAUGAUUACAGGGACUUCACAGGUAAGCAGCUCUAGAACACUCAUUUUAUGUGAGCUGAAUUACAUUUUUCUUCACCCACAAUGUCGUUUCAGGCUGACGUUGCUCUCCUGGUGGUCUCUGCAGCCAAAGGAGAGUUCGAGGCCGGUGUGUCCAGGAGUGGUCAGACCAGAGAGCACGCCUUAUUGGCCUACACUCUAGGUGUGAAGCAGAUCAUCGUCUGCGUGAACAAAAUGGACCUGACCGAACCACCUUACAGUCAGAAACGUUACGAUGAAGUGGUGCGAAGUGUGGGCAGCUUCCUCAAGAAGAUUGGCUACGAUCCUGUGGCUGUUCCCUUCGUUCCGAUUUCUGGCUGGACCGGGGAGAACAUGAUCACUGCGACUCAGAGGGUGAGGACAAAUUUUGAUUUAAAUAUUUAAGGGUGUGAAGGGACUGGAAUUGAUGUGAUUUCUCUCUACAGAUGCCUUGGUUCCAAGGCUGGAAGGCCAGACGAAGGGAGGGAAGUGCAAGCGGCAAAACUCUACUAGAAGUCCUGGACUCUAUUCAACCACCAGUUCGCACCAUAAACAAGCCCUUACGAUUACCUCUGCAGGAUGUCUACAAAAUUGGAGGUUGGAGCAGAGUCAAUGUUAAUGCUAAUUUUUAAGUAUUGUGUACACAGUUUAGUUCCUAUUGAGAAAAUGAGGCUCUUGUUUGUGAAAAGGUCUUAAACUUGUAUUUUGAAGAAGGAGUUUAGUUGUAAUUCAUCCUGUUUAUUUUUUAAGGCGUUGGGACUGUCCCAGUGGGCAAGAUUGAAACUGGAGUCCUCAAACCUGGCAUGACCCUGAUGUUCUCCCCUGCCAAGCUCACAGCGGAAGUGAAGUCUAUUGAGAUGCACCACCAGGGCCUGCAGACUGCUCUGCCCGGGCACAAUGUUGGCUUCAACAUCAAAAACGUGGCUGUGAAGAACCUGCGGCGUGGGGAUGUCGCUGGGGAUGCCCAGCACGAUCCUCCAUCAGACGUCAGCAGCUUUGAGGCUCAGGUUAGUCCACUUUGAGUAAAUUAGAAAUGUAAAAUUACCCUUUUCCAUCUAAUGUGGAUUUUCUGUCUCUAGGUUAUCAUCCUGAAUCAUCCAGGGAAGUUAAAAGUAGGAUACUCCCCUGUCCUGGACUGCCACACAGCCCACGUCACCUGUCGCUUUGCUGAGCUGAAAGAGAAGAUUGACCGCCGCACAGGAAAGAAGCUGGAGGAUCACCCGCAGAUUCUGAUGUCAGGAGAUGCCGCCACGGUCAAAUUGGUUCCCAUCAAGCCCAUGUGUGUGGAGAGCUUCUUCACAUACCCACCAUUAGGUACAACUUAGUCUGAAUUCUUUUUUUAAAGGAAAUCACAAUUUAUGGUUUUACUGUAUUAAGGGUUUUUCUUUUUUUAUUUCAGGUCGCUUUGCAGCCAGAGACCUGAAGCAGACGGUCGCAGUGGGAGUCAUUAAGUCAGUGGAAAAGGACCAAGGGUCAAAACACAAAGCCCAAGUGUGUAAAUAAGUUUAUUUACCAGUAUUCUGGUAUGACUGAGAACAGUUAUUUUGUAAUUUUUUGUGUUUUGACACAAAGUAUUUAUGUUGUCUUUAAAAAGUAAUUAUUCCUGUGUUAAUGUUUAAAUCCAAAGAAGCUGUAAGAUAUUUCAAACUUUGGUUUAUAUGAGAAUUGAAAAACAAAAUAAAGC